GUUUAACCUUAGCAUUUAUACGUAAUCAUAUACGUAUCGUUGACAGUACAUUAUCGGUAUAUAUUGUACGUAAUGCCAUUGUUUUCGAACAAGUUCUCUCCUAAAAAGACUCCUACAAGAAAAGUGGGAGUUUUUUUGGCAAACAAAAAUUUCAGUCCAAAACGUAUAGAAAAAGAACUCGGUCCUAAUAUUGGUCCUAUACGUUUAAAAUUGGGAGAUCAAGAAACUGUCUUCGAAUCUGGUUCAUGGAUUCCAGAAUCAGGCAAAAUCGGAGGCACAUAUAAAGAAAAUGAGAAAUUAAAAAAGGAAAUAAAGAGAUUGGAAGACGAGAAUAAUUUAUUGAAAUUAAAAUUUGAAGUACUUCUUGAUAUGUUAACACAAACAACAGCAGAAUGUCAUUCGCAGAAGGAACAACUAAACAAAUUGAAACAGAUGUUACCAUAUGAUAAAGACAGAGACUCUUGAUAUGAAGAUACAUUAUCAUAAUUCAUUAUUUUUUCAUGUCAUAUUAAAUUUUGGAUUUAAUUAAAUUAUUUUAUUAUUAAUAAAAACUAUUAAUAAAAAAUGUUUUAUAUAUAUAAUAUAUAAUAAUAAUAAUGACAAUAAUGAUAAAAUAUUUAUUGAAAGAUAGAAUAGGAAAAAGAUGGAGAGGAAAAAGAAGGAAGUGAGAUCGGAUCAAUUUUUUCAUAAAAUUCAGAAAAUAACCAAACUGAAUUGAAAAAUAAUUAUUACUUAACUUUUAUAAUUUUAUUAACAUUAUCCUUUAUUAAUCCAUUGCAUUUUCAGGACAAGAUCUUCUUGUAUGUCCUAAACAUAAUAAUAUUAUAAAAAUUAAAAAAAAAAAUGAAAUUACAUACACACACACACACACACACACACACACACACACAAUAUAUAUAUAUAUAUAUAUAUACAAACCUUCUACUCCGCAAAUUCCACAUUUUCUUUUACCAGUAACAACUCGAGGUCUUUUUUGUAAAUUUUGCUCGCUCCUUUCUUUUUUAAAUCUUUUUUUUUUAUUUUCUUGAAAUGUAUUAUUACACGUGGCUUCAAUAUUUUCAUCCGCCCAUUGAAAAAAUUUACAAGAUUCAUUCAUAUUCUUAGGACAUGUGUAAAAGGAACGUCCUUUAUUUGGACCAUCUUUUUUUACAAUUCUCCUGUAAAAUAUAUAAGAAAUUAGUCCUUUAAGAUCUGAAGAAUAUCAAAAAAAUUAUUAUAUAUUAAAAAAAUUAUUAUAUAUUAAAAAAAUUAUUAUAUAUUUACUCACGUUGUGGCCAAUUGAUUACAAUUGCAUUUAACUAUUGUAGCUACAUUGUAAUUAUUAACAUUCAAUUCCGUAAUUUUAUCAACGAGAUUUGAAUCUUUACUUGUAUUGUUUUGCGUAUGACCUGACAUAUUAUCUGGUGCCCAAAUAAAAAAAUCGCAACGAGCAUUCAUAGGUUUU